AUGUCUGCCGUCUCCCAGUUCAGGCCCGUGGUCGUCAGUGGCCCCAGUGGUACUGGAAAGUCUACCCUCCUGGGCCGUCUGUUCAAGGAAUUCCCCGAUAAGUUCGGCUUCUCCAUCUCUCACACAACCCGCCAACCGCGCGCUGGUGAGCAGGACGGUCGUGAAUACUACUUUACCACCAAGGAGUCUUUCCUCGACCUUGUUGCCGCCAACGGUUUCAUCGAGCAUGCUGAAUUUGGCGGAAACCACUACGGAACUUCCGUGCAAGCCGUCAAGAACAUUGCGGAGAAGGAGCGCAUCUGUAUCCUAGAUAUCGAAAUGGAGGGUGUCAAGCAAGUCAAGAAGACUGACCUGAAUGCGCGCUUCUUGUUCCUUUCUCCACCUUCGUUGGAGGAGUUGGAGAAGCGUCUUCGUGGCCGAGGCACCGAGACCGAGGACUCGCUGGCCAAGCGAUUGGCGCAGGCAAAGAAUGAAUUGGAGUUUGCCAAGCUGCCUGACUCCCACGAGAAAAUUGUUGUCAACGAUGAUGUUGAGAAGGCGUACACCGAGCUGAGGGAUUGGAUUGUUGAUGGUGGUCGUUUUGGCGCAUAG